UUGACGAAACUUUAAAUUCAACGAAAAAUUUACUAUUAAUGGCCGGCGGGAAGAUAGUAUCACGUCAAAGCAGAGUGGUUGAGAAAGAGAAAGGGACGUGUUCGAAAAUACGUGAAAUUUUACACAAAAGUGCCUAAAUUGUCAUUUUAUAUAAUAAAUAUUAGUUGUUUAAUAGCUGCCAAAGCAAGAUAAAGUUAACUUAAAAAAUACAACGCUGGGUUUUUCCAUUACUAUAUGUGUAUAUUUACAUCCUAAGUUUACCACGAAAAAAAUUUAAAGAGGAACGCGGAAUUAUCGAUUGAAAAUGGCAGACGAAGAUAUUACUUUGAACGAAGAUCAACUACUAGAAAAUUUGGAUGAAGCUAAUGGCGAGCACGAAGCGGAAUUGAUGAAUGAAAACGAGGACGAAAAUAAUAUGCAAAUUGAUCCUGAACUUGAAGCAAUAAAAGCAAGAGUUAAAGAAAUGGAAGAAGAAGCUGAAAAAAUAAAACAAAUGCAAACAGAAGUCGAUAAACAAAUGACACAGCCGUCUGGAGUUCCUGCGACACCAUUAACCCUAGAAGAAAAACAAGAAAUUGAUACGCGCUCCGUAUAUGUUGGGAAUGUUGAUUAUGGAGCAUCAGCUGAAGAAUUAGAAUCGCAUUUUCAUGGUUGUGGAACAAUUAACAGAGUGACGAUUCUAUGCAAUAAAUCAGAUGGGCAUCCAAAGGGUUUUGCUUAUAUUGAAUUUGGCUCAAAAGAAUUUGUAGAGACGGCUUUGGCAAUGAAUGAAACACUGUUCAGAGGGCGACAGAUAAAGGUUAUGUCCAAACGCACCAAUCGUCCUGGAUUAUCCACUACUAAUCGAUUUGCUCGAGGUAGUUUUAGAGGUAGAGGAGCACGUAUAUCGCGUGCCUGCUGUCAUUCAACUUUCCGUGGCACUCGUCGUCCAAUUAAGGGUUACCGUGGUCGCGCCAAUUUCUAUACACCAUACUGACUAAUAAUGUUUGAUUAAUAUGAUUUUUUUUCAUAGCCAAUAAUUUCAAAAAACAUUAUAUAUUGCCAUGCUUCAUAAGAAAAAAAAUAGAGAAAAAAUAUAUCCAAAGUAUAUGAGAUUAAGGAAAAUAAUUUACUUUCUUAAAAAGUAUAUGUACGAAAUGACUAUGAAUAGAAAAGGAUUCUUAAGAACUUU